AUUUCUCUCCUUCUUCCCCAAUUAUUUCCUUUAUAUACCAUGACGUCUCUUUUUUUUAUUUUUUGUCAUGUUUAUUUACUUACUUCGUUCCUUCAGCCUGUGAGUGCGUUAGAUAUCACGAUACAAUUCAUACAUCAAUUCAUACAGCAAGUGAUCAGCAGUAAAGUUAAACUAGCGGAGAGAGAAAUCAAUAAUAACACUCUCCACAAAUGGAUGAACGAUAUUCAUAUUGUGAUUCAAAUCACGAUCAGUCUUACACUUUUGAUUGCCCGUACUUUUGUCUUGCUUUCUAUUAUAUUGAUCAUGGCCUCUAUCGAAACCUAUGUCACUUAUCGUGGCGUCUUUAAUGCACUACCCAUAAAAGUAAAAAUGAUUGCACCAAAUACACCACAAAUAAAAACAACAACAACAACAACAACAACAACAAAUAAAACAGGUACCUUGACACCAGUACCUAUUGCCGAAAUGGUGACUUUGGUACAAGCUGCAUCUAAUAUACACGACACCAAUGAAAAUAAUUCGACCAGUACAACAAAGGAAAUUGAACAAAAAACAGAUCAUCAUUCCAUCAUUAGUCUUCCUGCUUCACCUCAGUUGUUACCAACACCACCUUCAGAAAAAGAAGAACAACAGGGAAACGAUGAUUCUUCAAUCCUGAUGAAUAACAAUCACCUGGUUGAUAAAGAAGAAAACGUUGUACAACCUGCAACCACAACAAAAGAAACGAUUGAUGCACCGAGUCAACCCACACCACCUGACAAUGAUGAUUUUUUUUCAGAGCAACCAUUGAAACAACAACAAAAGCAACAAAUAAUAAUCAUGACAGAAAAUAGCAAUGAAUUACAAGAUAAGCAAAUUUCUUCACCUUUACCAAAUAUUGAAAACACAACCGUACUUUCAUCAAAGUCAGUCUUGGCAGAGUUACCAUUGCAACCAUUGGCGGACUGUGAAAGCAAUACUAGCAGCACUACGACUACUGAUGAUAAAAACAUUAUUACGAACAAUGAUAACAUUCAUAACUCAACAUCAGACUCUAUCGUUCUGGUACCAUCGCCAUGUUCAGCUAUUUCAUCAUCACAUGAUGAUGAUGACUUUAGAAUACAACAACAACAAGGAUCAGUUCAGGGUACAGAACAAAAAGAAUUCGAUCACGUUGUUGAACUAACCGCAAUUAACUCUUCGUCGAAUAUGCCGACGGAUUCUCCAAAUCAAAUACAAGAUACAAUUGUCAUGGAUGAUACGGAUGAAACCAAUCAUACAAAUGCCAAUAUCAUGAAUACUGAAGAGGAAAAAAACCAUACAAUACUCAAUACCACGGAUACAGAAGAGGAAAAGAAUCAUCAUCAUCAUCAUCUAGGACCAUCCAACACAGCGGCAAUAUCAUCAUCUUCUCCUUCUAUCUCCAUGUCAUCUUCUUUGUCCACGUUGAAUCCAUCCUCUGACAAAGUUAACAUGACUGAUCAAAAUAAACGUCGGUCAUAUAAUCAAUUACACCAAAAAACUGAAAAGGAAUCUCAUACCGAUAUGAAUCCUUUAUCUGGUCCAGCACCUGUUAGUUCAAGUUUAUCGAUGAAACUCAAUAAGUUAAAACAGCCGGGAAGAAAACUCAGUCAAUUAUUUAAAAAGAAAAAUAAAAAGUAAUAAAAGUGGAAGAUUAUAUUAUUUUAUCCUGUAAUAAAAUAGUUGUAAUGAAAUUG